AUGGCCACGCCUACAUUCACUUAUUUUGAUUCAGAGAAGAGAAGAGUUUUGGAAGACAAGGAAGAUGCCAGUAGAAAGGGAAGUAUCGAUGCUCCAAUUAUUGAAUUAGUGAAAUACAUCAACAAACAAGAGGACUACUACACAACCAGCUCUUGCUCUGGAAGGAUUAUUGUAUUUUCUGAGAAUACACGGACAGGUAAAGAGGGUACAUUGUGGUUAUUAACAUCUCAUGAGACCGUCAGCAUUGACAAUGUGUUAAGCGUAUUGAAAGACAAAGAUAUACCAAUCUCUUGUUAUACUUAUUAUAAAUUUGAACCGUUUGUACUUCACGUCUCGUGUAGGACCUUAGAACAUGCACAGGCAAUAUUGAGGAUAGCUAUAUCAAGUGGGUUUAAAAAUUCCGGUAUUUCAGUUAGUAAAAAGAAUAAGAUAAUACUGUCAGUGCGUAGCACUCAAACUUUACAAUCUCCAGUAGCAUUUGACGGAAAACUAAUUGUGGCUGAACAAGUAUGUCAAUGUGUGUGUUACUCCAAAUUAGGCCAAAGUCCCUGUACUAUAGUACA